AUGUAAUCGGUUCCAAAAUUCCAAUAGGACUCCUGCAUUGACAUUCUCAUAAUGUGGAAAAAUUUAGUUCUAUUAUCAGUCAUUUGCAAUGCAGUCAUGUAUAGACGUUAAUUUAUCUAAUUCUCAAUUAAAGAAUCUUGCGCAGAUGGCAAAAGACUGGAUUAUUAUGCAUGGAGCUGGAAUGAGAUCAAAAAAUAAUUUUAAUGAAGAUCAAAUACAAAUUGUUCCAUUUUUAUUAUUACCUUCAUGUUACCCAAGAAAAGAAUUUGAAUCAGCAAAAGAAGUACAAAUACUUCUAAACGAACUUAUGCAUAAUGUUGCUCAUGAUUAUGAUUUUUUGACAAAUACUUUAAAAAAUACAAUUGAAGUGGAUACUUUUACUUCAAAACUUUUUAAUAUUUAUCAAUUAGUUCAUUCAGAAGGUUUUAUUCAGCCUAUUAGUCUUGGUCUGAUAAGAUCAGAUUAUUUGUUGCAUAAAGACAUAGGAAAUAAAAUUAAGCAAGUGGAAGUAAAUAUGAUUGCAUCUAGUUUUGGAGGCUUAGCACCAAUUAUUUCUGAAUAUCAUAAAUUCAUUUUAACUGAAUUAGGUUACAAAGAUAAAGUCAAGAACAUUCCAGAAAAUAACGCCACUCUUGGACUGUCUAAUGGUUUGAUUGAAGCAUGGAAAAUGUACAAUAAUAAAAAAGCUAUAAUACUAUUUAUUGUCGAAGAUAUUACUUAUAAUAUCUUGGAUCAAAGAGCAAUAGAAUUUAAAAUUUAUGAUUUAAAUUCAGAAAUUAAGAUCAUUAGAAGAAGUUUAACAGAAUUAAUUAUGCAAGCUCGAUUAGGGUCAGAUAAGGAAUUAUUUGUUGAUGAUAUUGAAGUUGCAGUAAUUUAUUAUCGUUCUGGAUAUCAAUUAGAAGCUUAUCCUUCAGAGAAUGAAUGGAAUGUACGAUUACUUUUAGAACGUUCCCGUGCCAUUAAAUGUCCAUCUAUACAGUAUCAUCUAGCUGGAACUAAAAAGAUACAGCAAGAAUUAUCUAUUCCUGGAGUAUUGGAAAAGUUUAUUUCUGAUUCUAAUAAAAUAAUUAAAAUUAGGCAAAUAUUUAUGGGUAUUUAUGCUUUAGAUUUUAAUGAAGAUGGUGAAAAAGCUAUUGCAAUGGGACUCAAGAAUUCACAUAAUUAUGUUUUAAAACCUCAACGUGAAGGCGGUGGCAAUAAUAUUUAUAAUGAUAAAAUAAAAGAUCAAUUAGAAGUUAUGAAACAUUCAAAGGAUCGAACAGCUUGGAUACUUAUGGAACGAAUUUAUCCUCCCAUUCUAAAGAAUUACUUAAUUCAUACUGGGAAUAAUGAUUUGAAAAUACAAGAAUUUAAUUCAGAACUUGGAGUUUAUGGUGUUGUUAUGGGUUAUAAAAGUAGAAUUAUUCAUAACACUCAAGUUGGACAUAUUUUACGUACAAAACUCUCAUCUGCUAAUGAAGGUGGUAUCAUUUUUGGAUUUGGUGCUCUUGAUAGUCCAUAUAUUGUUAAUUAAAUUAUAAAUAAUGAAAUAUUCAUU